ACGCUACUGUGAUUGUGCAACUAACACAAGAUUCAAAACUCAUUACUAGAUGUCGCCACUGUCGCUCUUGUUGUUUACGUCCCCAUGUCAUGAAACGAGACGAAAAAAUGGGCUAAACAAAACAAAUUGUUGCUAAUUAUACUUAUAUUCCUGUGAUUUCAAAUACCAAAUGGAUCUUCGUAUCUUGUAUGCAUAGCUAAUUAGCUACUGUCAGUCAUUCCAACAAGUUGACUUCUAGCACUCAGUCACUUUCCAUCCAUUAAAUCCUCAUGCUGUCAAAAGCCUUAAACUCAUGUUUGAAGCACACAUAUAGUGGAAUAUAAAUGUGCGGGUAUGAGGUAUUUUCCAAUUACUGCUACCACACCAACCACACCACGUCAGAUGCCUUAGGGCUACUAAAUCAUCACCUAUAUGAUGAUAAAGCAUCAGGAAAUUUAUCCCACCUGAGGAGUAAUGCAGCGAUUAUUACGGGUUUUCAUCAUGAACAUUUCAGUGUGCUUCUUGGAAAAGCACGCAAGAUCCACACGGACAUCCUAGAGUCAAUGCUGGAUAUUGUCCUUGACAGAAGAGGGACUCCCACCAACGUUCUGCUCCAUUCUUAUCUUCAAGACGUACGCUCAUACAGCUUCGCUGCUUCAGCGCUUCUUAUGCUGCUACACGUCAACUUUUCUUGCUUCACUGGCGAGUGGAUCACUUCAGUUGCUGUGACAAACCUGCAGUCACUCACCAAGGGAUUAUGGCCAGGUUUAUAUGCAGAGGAGACGUUGAGAAGACCGACACCAAAAACGUCGCCAGUGUGUCAAAACUGUCAGCUGCGGAUCAUCAUUUGUUGUUGGUAAUAUGUUUUGUGUUAGUUAACCCGUUGGCUGCCACGCCUUUGUUCCCCCAUGU